AUGAGAAAGCUCGAGUAUUUGAACCUCAGCUUUUGCAAGAAACUAGAAGAUUUGCCUUGUCAAAUCAUAAAUCAGGUGUCCCUGACAGUGUUGGAUCUACAAGGUUGUAUCAGUUUAAGGGGUUCAACAACAAACAUUGGUGAACUGGGCAGCUUAAAGUCGCUAACAAUUGAGAGUCUUUUGUUGUCAAGCUUGCUGAAUUUUCCUGGAAGAUUAUGCUCGUUGAUAAAUAUGUCAAUAGUAAAUUCUGUCAGUGAAACGACUUUUGAUGCCGGGGCUGCUGCUUCAUAUAAAAUGCUUAAGAAAAAAGACUUAGAAGAUUGCAAACAAUUUUCCAGGAUGUUAAUUUCCAAUGAUUGUUGUCCCAGUCUUGAAACUCUCGAAAUUUGGUGGAAUUACCAUUUAAUGGAGAUAAAGACGCUUCCAGUAUCACUCAAGAUUUUAGAUAUAUGCAAUUGCAAAGUGCUGAAGAACAUCAGGUGUAUUGGUAGUCUCGCAAACCUUAAGAAACUGGAAAUAUCUGACUGUCCGGAGAUAGAAGAGCUUCCAAGCUUCUUAUACUUGGCUUCACUGAAAAAAUUCAGAAUUAGUGAAUGCCCAAAAGUUGAGAAAAUAGAAGGUUUGGAACACUGUAAGUCAUUGAAGACACUGAAAAUAGGCUUGAAAGUACCAGGUAUACCGAAUUUGGAGAAAAUGCAAAGAUUGGAAAGGCUAGAGCUCGAAUGCGACACCAUAUCAGCUCUUAAACCUUGUAUUCAGUCUAUGAAGGAAUGUCCAAGCGAAAUGGAGAUACAAGGUAGCGUGAUCAAUUUUGUGAAGUCAACAGUAAACUCUUUGGGGUUUCCUGGUCUUACGGUCACAGAGAUGGAAGCUGGGUCCGAUCUCUUAAAGAUUCGAGAUUCCGCUUAUAUUUUGUAUUAUGAUGAGAAGAGUCAAGUUGUAUAUAUAGGUGUGUUCCGCCAAAACGCAGGCUAUUGUACGUACAACUACGCCACUAGAUUUACAGGCAAUAAAGCAAUGGUAGUGACAGGCCAAGAGGGAAGAGUUGUGGAAGCUUUUUACCAAUUAUUCGCACUCCUGGAAUAG